CGUGACGCCUUGUAUAUAGCGGUCGCUGCAACCGUUCCGAAUCGAGCUUUGUACAUACCUACGCCUCAGUCAGUAACACCGCCAAACCUGGAAACAUGGGAACAACUGUCUGUGCCGAGUGUGGAGGCUCGGUCAUCGAGUAUGACGCAGCAGCAGGCAACGGGUUCUGCGUCGCGUGUGGAACGGUCGUUGAGGAGAACACGAUAGUCUCCGAAGUUACGUUUGGGGAGACUUCAUCGGGUGCAGCGAUGGUCCAGGGCUCAUAUGUCGCUCAAGGAGCAACGCGCGCUAGGAUGGGCGGGUUUUUCGGGAACCGAGGCGGAGAUGGGGAGUCUAGGGAACAAACCAUAGCAAAUGCCAGCAGGAAAAUUCAAAGCGUUGCUGGUAUCUUACGUUUGUCCGAGUCCAUCUGCCAUGCGGCGACGCGUCUCUACACCCUUGCGGUGGAACACAAGUUCACAAAGGGCCGAAAAAGCAUGAACGUGGUGGCUGUCUGUCUAUAUGUCGCGUGCAGACAGAAGGAGACUCGGAACUACAUGCUUAUCGACUUUUCGGACCUACUUCAGGCAAGCGUCAAUGUCUUCGAACUCGGACACACGUACCUUCAGCUUGUCCAGACCCUCAACUUGCGCCUCCCGCUGGUCGACCCUUCUCACUACAUCUCGCGUUUCGCGGCGUUGUUGGAGUUCGGUGAGGAGACGCAUCAAGUUGCGACAGACGCCGUCCGCCUCGUGCAACGAUUUGACCGCGAUUGGAUGACGCGGGGACGACGGCCUGCCGGGAUCUGUGGCGCAGCGCUGCUGCUCGCCGCGCGCAUGAACAAUUUCCGGAGAAGCAUCGAAGAGAUUGUCCAGGUCGUCAAGAUUGCGGACGUCACCCUGAGGAAGCGGAUGGAGGAAUUUAGGAAGACGCCAAGUGGCGAAUUGACGUUGGCGGAUUUCCGGACCGUAUGGCUAGAGGAGGAGGUUGAUCCGCCGGCCUACACAAAGGGACGCGAGAAGGAGAAGAAAGAACGGGACGAAAGGGAACGAGAAGAAUGCGGAGAGCUCGCGGAAGGGCAGGAAAAAACGGCAAAGGCAACGAAGCGGAAGAAGAAGCGGAAGCGCGGAGAAGACGAGGAGCAGGGCCAGCCUGCGGGGAACGACGGGCGGGAAGGCGAGCAAGAACUCACCCUCGCAGAAGAGCUCAACUCUUUCCUUGGGAACGCCCAAAGCACGUCUUUGGCUGAAGCCUUGAGCGAAGCCGAGCAAAGACGACGAGCUCAGCUCACCGUCGUAGAUGAGCUUCAAGGUUUAGACGAGGAGGAACUCGAUCAAUUCAUCAUGACAGAGGAAGAGGUGAAGAUCAGAGAGCGGGUGUGGGUGGAGUUGAACAAGGAUUAUCUCGAGGCCAUCGCAGGUACGUAUUCGAUACGCCGCAAGGCAAACAACAAGCCUCGAGAUGCGUCCACACCUCACGGAAGUACCGCGGCGGAGUCCGCCAGGAACCUCGUGAAGAAAAAUCCCAAAUUCAGCAAGCGUAUCAAUUACGAUGCUCUCAAAGACUUGUUCAUAGACGAGGAUAACAAACUCGACAUAGCCUUCGCAGAAGGCAGAGAGAACGAUAACCUUUAUACCAUGCCGGGCGAGGAAGACGCGGAGGGGAUGGAGGUCGUGGAGGAGGAAGGCGGUGGAGUGGGUAUGGCUCAGGUUGGGAAGAGUAAGCGUGCUCCGGGACGGCUAGAAGAGGGUAAUCCGUCAACGACUCUCGGCACUGACGGUGGUGCUGCUGGCGAUUACGAUGCAGAGGGCGACGAAACUGAAGGACUCGCGGAGGGGGUGUGGGAAGAUGCAUACGAACAAGAAGUGUAA